GCCAGCACAAUAACGUGAUAACGAAUCUCGGUAAACGGUUCAGUUUCGGUACAGCCUUCCAACUGUUCGGGUCGAAAUCGAAAAACGGGUCGCAAUCGUUAGAAGAUUUAGUGGUUACUUCAAGUUUUAGUGUUAUUAGCUGCUAAGUGUGGUGGAUUCUGGUGCUCGUGAAUCACAGGAACCGCAAUGGGUCAGUUCAGUUGAAGUUAUUUGUCUGUUCAUACGUAAAAUAUAGUGAUAACCUGAAUAGGAAACGUGAAAAAAAAAACUAUUCUAACUGAGAGUGCUGCUGGCAAAUCACUAGUUUGUAACAAAGACAUUGUAUUUUGAACAAAAAAUCGAGAAGGACACGUGCCAGCCUCUCAAAAUGAAGGGCCAUAAUGGCCCAACGACAAUGGAUACAGUUGCGGCUGUAUUGCGGAAAUUUGACAGUUUUCUCUUGGUUAAAAUUAUCCUUUCAGUGCACCAGCAGUUGAAGCGCCAAAACUCGGGACUACCCCGGAUGGAAUCGAUAUCACGAUUCGGCAGCAUUCCCGUUGUCGAAACGGGCAUUAAAACCGCGGGAACCGUUUACCAUCGGGUGAAGUCGAGCAACGGAUUGUUUAAUUGGGGCUUCGAAACUGCCGAAGCUCUUGCGUAUGCGCUGAUGGACUCACUCCGCCCGGCAGCAAAACUGAUUGAGGGACCACUCCAUCAGUUGGACAAUUUUAUGUGUAUGAGCUUGGAUUUUGUUGAACAGAAAGUACCCUCGAUGUAUCUGCCCCCGGAGAUGGUGAGUAGCAAGAUGUACUGGAACACUAAGGAAUACAUGUCGGACCGGCUGGUUAAACCGGUGCUCAGUCGAGCUAACUCGAUGAAGCACCUUGGCCACGCGGUGCUGGAUUCUCGUGUCUCAAACUAUGCAGCCAAUCGGCUGGACGGAGCGUUAAAUGUUUGCGAUAAAUAUGUGGACCGAUUUUUACCAGCUGAACCAGCUGAGGAUCAGCCGGACGCAGGUAAAUCAUCCUCUCCGGAGGCAGAUGACUCUAACGACUCGCACGUCAUUCAAACGAUUCAUCGGGGACAACGGAUUUCCCGUAAGUUGAAACGACGUUUGACUUUCCGAACCCGUCAGGAGCUGAGCGCUUUGAAAAAACAAAGCACGGAAGCCGUACACGUAGUGUUUUACGUAGCCGAAUUAGUUGCCACCAACCCACGGUUGGCUCUACAAAAGGGCAUCGAGUUGUGGAAAUAUUUAAGCGCUGAUGAACCCGAAAACCAAGAACGACCACAAAAUCUGGAACAUCUAGUUGUACUACUAACGCGUGAAUCGGCGCGUAAGAUGGUGCAUUUGAUCAACUACACUACCAACACAGUUACCAAAAUCCCUAAAACGAUUCGUUCACAAACACGAGAGCUACUGCACCAUUUCCUGUUUGCUACCGACCGGCUUAUAAAGGCAGUUCAUCUGGAGAAAGCGAAAAACGCAACCAUCACUGAGGCAACUGGAUUAGUCCACAAACUUCAACACACCUACGACGAACUGCAGAAUCAAACUAAUCUUGCUUUGGAACGUGUAGCAGUCUUUCUUUCCGGCCGGUUGGAAGCGGAAAAAAUCACCACCAGCGACAACCCUAGGCGAAGAAUCCAGAAUCGAGCUAACAAUAACCCAAUGCAUUCUAGCAUCAAUGGCGUUUAUUAGUGUGCGGACAGCCGAACUGCUUCACCGGCAGCUCCAGGAGGGCAUUGCCGGUCCACUGGUCGAGGAUGAUGUGCGAGACAUUUGGAUUUGAGUUACACGGCGCUGGGCUGCACGUGCAAUAAACUGGACUGCUUGAUAUUACUCUUUUAGCAUAUAUGCGUUAAGCUAAGAAUUCUCAUAUCUCGGGAACAACCGCACCUAGCGGUGCUUGUUACUGUAAUCUUUAUGUUGUUAAGACUUCUGUCAUCCAAUAAAAAACUGAAUAGCUGAUAGAAUUUACAUAUAUUUUUUACACUGAGAAUAAAGUGUUGCUUAAAUUA